AUGCGUCCUGGGUCCAGUGUGCCCCGACCUCCACCCUCUACCGCUGGAGAUCGCGUCGCUUCGCAGCUGGUCAGCCACCUGAAUGCGGGUGCGAACCGUGGAAGGGCCAUCCAGGCGAGGUAUCUCAAGGAGAUGCCCAAACGCGUUUGUGUGCACCAGAGUCUGCGCGACUCAGUCAGUCUGUUCUAUGUCGUCUUGACCAACUUUCUCCUCCAAAAGCCAGCGGUCGAUUUCACUGGCCUUGCCGAAUAUGGUAGGGCCAUCAAAAGCCUGCGUCAGGUUCUAGCGAGCAAUGAAGCCCGCACCCCGGAGACACUGGCGUCUGUGACGGUUCUUCAUCUGGUGGAAGAGCUGUUCAAUCCUAGCCAACGUAGAAUGCUGCAUGCAAGCGGCAUGACGAGUCUUGUUACCGCGAUCGGCCCGCCGAAGCCCAACGACAAGUUUUAUAUCUCUAUUUUGAGUGAAGUAUAUAAUUUCCUUAUUACACAUGCCAUCACGAGGGGCUGGAAGGAUAACCUGAACAAGGAUUCGUGGAGAGAUCCCAUGGGGAUCACCUGGUCCAAGUCUAACGUGGACAAGGAACUUACUGAAUCAAUGCUUCCGGUCCUGCACGCAUGUGCACAUGCUUCUGAUAGGACACCGGUAUAUGUUCGCGGCUGUCAGGCUCUUUGGAAACCCUCCGCGGGCAAAUACCUCGAGAUGAGCAAUGCAGAGCUAGGCAAGGAAAUCCUAGAGACGGCUGAGAACAUCGAUACAUUACUUGCAGCGAUGGUGAGCAAGUGUAUUGAACGAGGAGACAUUGUUGAGGAGGAAGACCCUCACUCACUUUCAGGGACAAGCUACAGAUUCUCCAGUCCGUUUCUGGCUUACACCUUGCUUCAUGCACACUGCUCUCAUGUCUUCCUAUCCCAGAUGCGUUAUCACUGGAGCCUAUUCCACAACUGGCCUGUUGCGGAUACACACUACGCCAAGCUCAAAGAUCUUUGUGUCCACAUUUGGAAGUAUCUUAGAUUUCUGCGCCGCCUUGAGCCAUCCGUGGCCGCCGUUACUCCUCGGGGGGUAUAUUUGACACUGGAGCUAGCAGACGAAACCCAGAGAGAGAAUCUCAUGGAUGAAUUUACAGAGUUAGAUCGAGCAUUGGGUAAGAUUCUCACUCCGCGAGCGGUAAUGGUGGGAGAGAUCCUAUUUUUUGCGAAGCUUUGGACGGGUCGCAGGCCUUAG